AUGGCUGGUUCCCUCCGUAAGAGCUACGAGGCAGCUGACGCAGUAAGUCAUCGCAGAUACUACACAGCCACAACCACCGUGAACCCGACGCCGCCGCUGGAAAUUCCCAUGACCGACUGCGCCGACGGUUGCCGUAACAUCUUUGCGGCCCUGCCCACCAGCACUGCCACAGCCGACAGCUACCCGGCUAUCAUCACCACCUCAACCACAGGAUCAGGCCCCGAUUACAUCGUACCAACCACCAGCUCGGGGGCCGAUUACAUCGUACCAACUUCCGGUUCGGGAGCCGGUUAUAUUGUACCAACCACUGGCUCUGGAGCCGGUUACAUCGGACCAACUACUGGCUCGGGCCCCGGUUACAUCGUACCAACCGCCAACUCGGGAGCCGGUUACAUCGUACCAACCGCCAGCUCGGGGCCCGGUUACAUCGUACCAACCACUGGCUCGGGGGCCGGGUACGUCACACCAACUACUGGCUCGGGACCCGGUUACAUCGUACCAACCACCACCACCGGCCCCGGCUAUGUCGUACCCACGUCCAUGGAUACCGGCUACUACACCGCCACCACUACUGGCCCUGGCUACAUUGCACCCACCACCACCACCACUACUGGCCCUGGCCCCGGGUAUGUUGUACCCACGGCUGUGGAUAAUGGCUACUAUACCGCCACCACUACUGGUUCUGGCCCAGGCUACAUUGCACCCACCACCACCACCACUACUGGCCCUGGCCCCGGCUAUGUUGUACCCACGUCCAUGGAUACCGGCUACUACACCGCCACCACUACUGGCCCUGGCCCAGGCUACAUUGCACCCACCACCACCACCACUACUGGCCCUGGCCCCGGCUAUGUUGUACCCACGGCUGUGGAUACCGGCUACUACACCGCCACCACUACUGGCCCCGGCCCAGGCUACAUUGCACCCACCACCACCAGCACUACUGGCCCUGGCCCCGGCUAUGUUGUACCCACGGCUGUGGAUAAUGGCUACUACACCGCCACUACCGUUCCCAGCUAUGUUACACCAGUCACCACUGCGCCCAGCUACAUUACACCCACAGUUGUGGAUACUGGUUACUAUACUACUGCCACUGGGCCAAAUUACAUUUCACCCAUCACCACAGCGACCAUAGCACCCGCCACCACAGCGGCCGUUGCACCCACCACCACCACCAUGGGGACCGUGCUGGCGACGCAACCCGGUCUUGAACAACUCUACAAAACAAAGGCAAUGCUUGCGGCUGCUGCCGUACAGAUGCUUCCUGUCACUACAGCCGCCACACCCGUAGCUGUAGCACCGGUUACCACUGUAGCACCGGCUGCUGCUGCGGCACCGAUUGCCGCUGUAGCAGCCCCGGUUGCUGCUGCAGCGCCUGUGGUUGUCACACCUACGCCCACGGUCGUCGGUUCUGGCGGCAUCAACGUCGUCAGUUCGAAUCCCAUAUCCAUCUCCAACCCCAUAACGAUAAAGAACCCCAACGUCAACAAGGACCUAAACAAGGUGGGCGCGCUGGGCUUCGGAGAAUACCCAAGGAGUGGCAAGGCGAAGCUUCUGUACGGCGCUGCGGAUACGCUGAACGCGAUGGGGGCACUCGGCGGGGCCCUGCUGGGCCGCCGCACCCUUUGA